GGUAGCCUCGGCUUGUUUCCACGUUAGAGAAGAAAACCUUUCGGUUACUGUAGUAGUCAAGUUCCUCAAACGCCUCUUCCUUUCAUCGUCUUUUUCUACAUCAACCGGAAAUUGAAAGUAGAGAGAGAUGCAACCAAACAAGUACAGCAUGCAGACAUAUAUACGUACACGUAUUCACACAUAUAUCAUACGUUUUCGUCAUUCCUUGUACUUAACGAGUUCUCCUACUGAUGACAGAUAGCUAGCUAAAGAGUGUUUGCCUAUUCUCCACACCCCUCCUAUAAAUGCCACUCUGUAACGGCAGUAGCGGUUACACAACUGGGAUGCUCAGCAAAGUGAAUGGCAAUUCUACCGAGAAAUGCAGGAGGCGACGCCGCCGCAGAAUUCGAAUGAGAAGGCUGCAGGCCAAGGUUUUAUCCUCUGCUACUGCUAAUGCUUCCUCGUCAUUUUCGCGUAGGACCUUAUUGUACAACAGCUCAGAAGCUUUGGGCCAAAAUAGGGGUGUGGGAGUCAGUUUAGUAGAUAUGGCUGAUCCUUCGUCUGCAUCGACGGAGCCUUCUAUCGCGGCUAGUCAGACACCAGCCAGCGGGCCGGUCGUUGGAGUAAUUUCUAUAAUAGGAAGACGGCGUGCAAUGGAAGAUAAAUUUUCAAUUCGACCUAAUCUUUGCUCGCCGGAGAUCAAUCGCGGCCGACCCGUUGAUUUCUUUGCUAUUUACGACGGACAUGGUGGACGUCAUGUAGCUGCACUGUGUAGCGAAAGGAUGCACGUGCUACUACAAGAAGAGCUGACGCGCGUGGGGGAAAGUACAGACAUGAGCGGUAGCAGCAGUUCUCAUGGAAGUGGAACACAACAACAGAGGACAGAGGAAGCCUGGAAAAGAGUGCUGAGGAGUUGUUUCCUGAGAAUUGACGAGAUAGCUUCAACCACAUGCGGCGAGUGUGGAAGUGUUGGCCACCAAUGCGACUGCGCACGCGACACCUUGGGUCUGACGGGCUCCACCGCCGUGGUUGCAGUUUUGACGGAAGAAACAAUAAUUGUAGCCAACUGUGGUGACUCACGCGCCGUCCUUAGCCGGGACGGAAAGCCCAUCCCCCUUUCCUCUGAUCAUAAGCCGGAUAGACGCGAUGAACUAGCCAGAAUAGAAGCGUCUGGGGGCCGAGUUGUUUUUGCAAAUGGGCCACGGGUUCAAGGAAUUCUUGCCAUGUCUAGGGCAAUAGGAGACAAGUAUCUAUCGCCAUAUGUAAUAUCCGAGCCUGAGAUUACCUUCACAAAAAGGGAAGCAGAGGAUGAGUGCUUGAUUCUUGCCAGUGAUGGUUUGUGGGAUGUUAUAUCAAACGACAUGGCGUGUGAGGUGGCUAGUGAGUGUCUUCGAGAGGAAGAUCCAGCUGCGGACCAUAGCUUCAGUCCUUUGGUAGAAGGUGAUAGCGGAGGAAGUGUAUAUUCUUCCCGAAGUGCAUCAGCAGCAGCGCUGCUUACUCGACUUGCUAUGGGACGGAAUAGCUGUGAUAACAUUAGUGUGAUUGUGGUUGAUCUGAAGAGAAGUCAUACUGGAGGAUAGUUUCAGGAAAAGGUAACUUAUUGAAGUGAACCAUAUUGGAUAGCUUGUAUACAAUACCAAAGAGAAGUUUAGAGAUGGUUUUAUUAACCAUAGCCCAAGGUUUUUAAUUAAUCCGUAUACUUAAAGACAGUGAUCAGUACUUGAAUUUAUUUUAAUUUAGUUUUUCACUUCAAGUGAUCUUCUAGGUUUAUCUCUUCCCUUGACUGUGGUUGCUUAGUUGUAGUCAAUUUACCGGGAGGAAUUAUUCAAAAAUAAAUUUGGGAGGUAUUCAAGCAAA